AUGGUGACUGACUUGUUCUGGGCACACCCAGUUAGUUUGGAGUUGUUACGUGCAUUUCCACAUGUGUUGAUUAUGGAUUGCACAUACAAGACUAAUAGGUAUCGACUCCCUCUCUUAGAGAUUAUUGGGGUAACAUCAACGGAUUUGACUUUUUCAGUUGCUUUUGCUUAUCUUGGUCAUGAAAGGGAGGACAACUAUACAUGGGCGUUAGACGUAUUGCGUACUGUUAUGAAGAAUACUGCUUUUCCAAAAGUCAUUAUUACAGAUAGGGAGUUGGCUUUGAUGACAGGCAUAGCAAAAGUUCUACCUAUGGCCACUAAUAUUUUAUGUAGAUGGCAUAUUAGCAAGAAUGUUCUGAUGAAAUGCAAGAAGGUUUUUGAGACGAAAGAUAAAUGGGAUAAGUUCAUGCAUAGUUGGAGUGCUUUGGUAUUGGUUAGAACAGAAACAGAAUUCAAUGAACAAUUUUCCACUAUGAAGACUAAAUUUAGUACGUAUCCCGAAGCUAUUAAGUAUGUUACUACCAAUUGGUUAGAGCCAUACAAGGAAAAAUUUGUUGCAGCUUGGACAGAUAGUAAUAUGCAUUUCGGAAAUACUACUACAAACAGGGUAGAAAGUUCUCAUGCUAAAUUGAAGAGGCAACUUGGAUCAAGUCAAGGCAGUUUUAAGACAUCUUGGACCAAAAUACACAAUUUGUUAGAGUUGCAGCAUGCAGACAUUAAAGCCUCAUUUCAACAGAGUUUGAUUGUAGUUCAACACAACUACACACCUGUUGAGUUCACUGAGUUACGUGGUUUUAUUUCAAUUUGUAGUUUGGACAAAAUAUUAGUAGAGUCAAAGAGAUUGAAUAGCGUGGGAAUAGAUGUUGUUGCAUGUGGCUGCAUUUUAAGACGUACACAUGGGUUGCCAUGUGCACAUGAGAUAGCUGAGUAUUUUCAACAAGGUCGACCGAUUCCCCUCUCAUGCAUAAAUCCUCAUUGGAGAAAGUUAGAUAUGCUUCCAGUUUCAGCAAGUGCUUUUGUGAAGUUGGAUUGCAAAACAGAGACCGAUUUUUUUAUUGAGAAAUUCCAAACGAUUAACGAGACGCAACAAGUGAUCAUUCUGAAGAAGUUGAGGGAGUUAAUUAGUCCAGACAGUACAUUUUUGAUGGAACCUGAACUCAAGACUGACACGCGAAGGAGGGGCCGAGGUCGCGGCCGUGGUCAAUUCAAAAUCGAUACGUCUACUAAACGCGAGCCAUCUGCGUUUGAGUUUGUACUAUCUGAGGAAGAUAGUUAUUCACAGGGUGUUACCAUCUCAACUGCACCAGUUCGUAAGCAAGUGCAACGGAAGAAGGCAAAAAAAGAUAAUGUUUGUAUGAUGCAGUCAACAAAUCGUAUCUAUUACUUCGAACAAUUUCUGGAGAAGUUGAGACCAUAUAUCCGUCACAUAAAAGAUGUACAAGCAGAUGGUGAAGAUGAUUGGCAACAAGUUAGGCGCAACUUGUUGACUGAGUUGCAUUCGAAUGUAGUGUACUACGUGCAACUAUUUGGUUCACAAGAAAGGGUUGAUGAACUUAACUCUAUCUUAUCCUACUUCGAAUCUAGCCCUGGAUAUAAUCAUUGGAUGACUAUGCCCGACAUGGGCCAUUUGAUAGCAUCAUACUAUCGAGUCGUUCUUUACCAUUUAUCCAUGCAACAAUGCUUGACGUUUUUACCACUUAGAUCAGUACCGAUUGCAACACCUGAUCGAAGAGAUAUCUGUAUAGGAUUUGUUUAUCUGCAACCUGGUCAUCCAGUACCUCCGAUAGCAAAUAAUUAG